AUGUGGUCGACUGGAAGCUUGGCUGCUCUUGCGCAGCUUCUCGCGCUUUCGACAGGCGUUGCAGCCGUCGCGCAGUCGCCAGAGGUUUACCCGUCGCCAUCUGGGAAGGGAUCAGGUGUCUGGAAAGAUGCGUACGCCAGCGCGCGCAAAUUAGUAGACCAAUUGACCCUGGAGGAGAAGGUGAAUAUUACCCGUGGGUUUGCGAGCGACAAUGUUUGUGCUGGCAAUACCGGGUCAAUCCCGCGGCUGGGGUGGCCUGGGAUGUGCCUUCAUGACGCAGGCAAUGGCGUGAGAGCGACCGACCUGGUCAACUCGUAUCCUUCAGCUCUGCACAUCGGCGCCACUUGGGACAAGAACUUGACUUAUCACCGUGGAUAUUGGAUGGGAAAGGAGUUCAAGACUAAGGGAGUAAAUGUUCUACUGGGACCUAAUGCAGGUCCUCUUGGAAGAUCACCUCUGGGUGGCAGGAACUGGGAGGGUUUCUCGGUUGACCCGUACUUGUCGGGACAGCUCAACGCGGAGACCAUCAUUGGUCACCAAGAUGCCGGUGUCAUUGCCAACCUUAAGCACUUCAUCGGAAACGAGCAAGAAACCUACAGAAGGCCAUACUUUGGCGUCGAAGCCGCAUCGUCCAACAUCAAUGACAAGACCCUGCAUGAGUUCUACCUCUGGCCUUUUGUCGAUGGCGUCAAGGCCGGUGCUGCAUCCAUCAUGUGCUCCUACAACAGAAUCAACAACACCUACGGUUGCGAAAACAGCAAACUCAUGAACGGCGUCCUCAAGGGUGAGCUCGAGUUCGAUGGGUUUGUGCUUCUCGACUGGAACGCGCAACACAACCUUCAGAGUGCCAAUUCUGGUCUGGACAUGGUCAUGCCUCUUGGGGGAAGUUUUGGUCAGAACUUGACCGAUGCUGUCAACAAUGGUACCGUCGACGAGUCUCGAGUGACGGAUAUGGCUACAAGAAUCCUUGCCGCUUGGUACCUAGUUGGCCAAGACACAGACUUCCCUAUUCCCGGGAUUGGUAUGAAGAAUCUCACAGAGCCUCACGAGCAGGUCGACGCUCGUGACCCAGACUCGAGGUCAAACAUUCUCGAGGGCGCGAUUGCCGGACACGUCCUCGUGAAGAAUGAGAACAAUGCCCUUCCCUUCGCUCAAGCACCCAACAUGAUCUCGGUCUUUGGGUAUGAUGCCACGGUACCCGACACGAAGAACACUGACAAGCUGUUUGAGCUUGGUUACUACUCCUCUCCAGAGAUGGGCCAGGCCGUGCUAGGCACCGAAAGACACUUCGACCAAGCGGCCAAGGGAGGAACCAUCGUCAGUGGAGGCCGCGCUGCCGCCAAUGCGCCGUCUUAUAUCCUCGAUCCCCUCAGCUCCAUCCAGCACAGAGCAGCCAAAGAUGGUAGCUGGGUAAACUGGGACCUCACGUCUCCCAAUCCCGACAUCAACGCCGCCAGCGACGUCUGCCUCGUCUUCAUCAACGCCAUGGCAACGGAAGGUUGGGACCGCGACGGCCUCCACGACGACUUCAGCGACGGUCUCGUCCUCAGCGUGGCCUCCAAAUGCCCCAACACCAUCGUCAUCAUUCACGCCGCCGGCAUCCGUCUCGUCGACCAGUGGAUCGACCACCCCAACGUCACCGCCACCGUCAUCGCCCACCUUCCUGGCCAAGACAGCGGCGAAGCGCUCGUCCAGCUCCUCUACGGCGAGGCCUCCUUCUCCGGAAAGCUCCCCUACACCCUCGCCAAGAACGAGAGCGACUACUCUGUCUACAAGCCCUGCGGACGCGGUGAGACGAACACGACGAGUCCGCAGUGCGACUUCACCGAGGGCGUUUACAUUGACUACCGCGACUUCGAUGCUAAGAACGUCACUCCGAGAUACGAGUUUGGGUAUGGACUGAGUUACACCAGCUUCGAGUACUCGUCAAUCUCCGUCAAGAAGCAGGAUACACACGCCGGAUUUGCCGCGAACUCCAAUGCCCUGUGGUCUACCGUCGCAACCAUCCACGCCACGCUGAACAACACGGGGUCCCGCGCGGGAGAGGAAGUCGCGCAGCUGUAUGUUGCCAUUCCGAACAGUCCGCCGAAACAGCUUCGUGGGUUUGAGAAGGUGGCCCUUGAGAGUGGACAGGGUGCGGACCUGCAGUUCGAGUUGACAAGGCGGGAUCUGAGUGUGUGGGAUGUCGUGGCUCAGAAAUGGACUCUUCAGGAGGGCGAUUAUACCGUGUUUGUGGGCGCGAGCAGCCGAGACUUGCCUCUGUCGCAGGUCCUUUCGAUCUGA